AUGCUUGGCAGUAGAACAGAACUCAGAAAAGGAUGUCUCUGGCUUGUCGGAAACGGGCAAAACAUCAACAUUUUUACGGAUCCAUGGAUACCCACUAUACAAGGAGCCACUCCUCUCAGACCAGAUAAUGGCAGUCAGGGAUUUACAAAAGUUAGUGAACUAAUUGACAACAACACAGAGCAAUGGAACGUUCAAGCUCUCCAACAACUUGAUGAUCCUUACAUAUCCAACCAGAUUCUGCGUAUUGUCCCAAACUCUACUGCUGAUGAUAAACUUGUCUGGAAGUUUACUGAUCAUGGAAACUUCACUCCUCAAUCUUUCCAGAAGAUGUACAAAAACCAGCAGGGUGAGUCUUCUACCAUCUGUGAGAGCACGUUUCCCUGGAAAAGGUUAUGGGAUGUUAAACGCGUCGCUCCAAAAAUAAAAAUGUUCGUGUGGAGAGUAUUACACAAUGGUCUAGGCGUAUCCAAAAGGAUAGGAAAAUACAUCACUGGAGUUUCAACAACCUGCAUCAUAUGCAUGAAGGAAGAAGAAUCUGUAGACCAUCUCCUGAUUCACUGCGAUCUGGCUCGUGUUGCUUGGUUCGCUUCCCCUCUAGGUUUGAGAUUACAGGGAGACGACCAAAGAACUAUUUCAAGCUUAUUGGAACUCUUACUUAGCAGGAACGAUAAUGAAGCUUCUCUGAUAAUGGGAAUGUGCCUUUGCUGGGCAAUUUGGAAAGCCAGGAAUGAAAAAGUUUUCGAGAACAAGAGUAUUAAUGUUCAAGGGAUCCUCACAGUAGCAUUGUAUUGGUACAAUCUUUAUUUCAACUUUAAUGAUGAUGAAGACUCUCCUGUCACAGAUGUGAAUGUCAACCCAGACGUGUCCAUUCCAGUCACCUGGACUGCUCCCAUCCAUCCCCGCAUCAAGAUAAAUGUUGACGCAGCCUGGAAAGAUGGUUGUUACGCGUGUGCUGCAGUGGCAAGAAACAGUGAAGGCACCUGCUUAGGAGCUGGAACCCGUCUAGGAAGAUCAGACAAGGUGGAGUACGCUGAAGCAGAUGGAUUUUUCUUAGUGGCAGAUCUUGCCAUAUGGCUCCAACUCAACGCCAUCAUUAUUGAAGGAGCCAGUCAGAUCGUUGUCAAAAGCUUAAAAGGAGAGUUACAGAACACCCCUUGGAGAAUAUGGAGAUUGAAGGAUGACAUAACUCGAAAAAUGCUUUCUCUCAACAGUGCAGGCUCCUACAACUAUGUGCCAAAACCAGCCAAUUCUGCGGCUCAUUUUUUAGCGGCACUUGCUUUUACUCACAACGUCCAACAUAUGUGA